AUGCAGUCGCUGAAAGCCUUGGCCCAGUCCACACUGGGCGAAAUCAAGGAUGCCCUAGUCGAUGCCGUCGGAGACGACGAUGACGAAGAAGACGGCCAGCAGAGCUCACGGAUCCCGACACCUAGCCCUCUGAAUUCGUUUGAGCAGCCAGCCACCUUGAAAGGCGAAGAUUCAGUGUGUGCAUCUGUAUCUGGGGACUCUGAAGCUGACCCAUGCCAACACGAGCAACAUGAAGCAUUAAAGGAGUUCGCAGAGCUCUGCGAACUCCCAGGUCUGAAACACAGCUUGCAGCUUCUCGGCGCUGGCUCUGAGGCGUCGCAAGAUCUAAUUCAGGCCAUCUCGGAGAAGGGCACCGAGUUGUCCACUGCGCAAGUGGCCAGCUGGUGCUGCAAAGUCUUAAGGCAGGCAUUGCCCCAAAUCGCACUCGAAGCUGGGUCGUCGCACGCCCCCAGUGAAACAAAGCGGCUCCUGACGUCAUUCAACGAGCGGUACGAGAAGUUGCUCGAGGAGCACAUGGCACUCCAGCGGAGAUGUCGAGAUCUGACAUCAAAGAAUGUUCAGUUUGAAGCUCUGGCUCAACAAGCCGAGGCUUGGCGGAGUGCGCACCAAGCAGCCAUUUGUCGCGUAGAGCAGCUUUCCUCCGAGAAUGCAGAGCUCAAGGAACAGAUGGCGGCUUUGCGACGGCAGGGCAUUGAGUCGAAGGAGCGCUCGCAGCUGCAACAACUUCUCCGGCAAAAAGAUGCAGAGCUGCAAGCUUCUGCAGACGCUCUGCUGAAGUUGGAGGAAAUCAUGGAGGAACAGGGCGCGCUGCACGAGCAGAAUGCCAGCUUGAAGCGCGAGCUCCGCGAGCUCCAGGCCGCGGGAGCUAGAGCCUCUGGCGGAGCCUCCGCGAUUGCGGUUGGGGUUCCGGCUCCAGAGGAGCCGGAAUCUCUUUCGGUUGACAUGUCAGUGCUUUCAAGUCGAUGUAGAGCUGUAGAGGCGGAGCUGAAGGAGACGUCUGCAGCUCUGGAGGCUUUGUUAGAAGAGAAGGGACGCAGACUUGAAGACCAAGAGUUUUUGGUGGAUCGUCGUCUGGUCGCCUCCAUGCUUGCACUGUAUCACGAGCACCUUGCUUCCGGGCAGCGAGCCUUGGCUGAGCAGGUUUUAGCUCAAGCACUUCACGUGCUUGGCGGCGUGCCGGAGGAGGCUCAAAAAAGUCGUGCACAAGUGAAAGCUGCAGCGGCAGCUGCUGAAGCCCGGCUUGCUGAGCCACUCGGCAAUGCAUUCUUGGAUUUCCUGGAGAAGGAGGCUACGAAUUCUGAGUCUUUGCUACAGGCGGAUUCUGAGAAUCUGAGCCAAGAGAAGCAUGUGGUAGGGGCUCCCGAAUCGCUGCAGUGA